AUGGCCUCGCUUGCGCACGGAAAAACGGCCUUUCUCGAAAGAUUCAAGGAAGGCGAACUCGACGAGCUAGAAGCCGAUCCAGGACUCUCUGCCAUCAACAAAGCUGUAGUUUCCAAACUCAACCACAACAUCCAGUUUCUUCCGGAGUCUAAGCGUCUGCCGAGCGAGGAUAGGCCCACUUUGGACGACCAACCGUUCCUCAACAAUAUCCGUAGAAACAUAGGCGAGGUUCAGGUCGAUAUCUUCCAGGGGACACACGAUGCAUCAUGGGAAGAUACGCUUCCGUUCGGUCCAGCGGGUCUGGACGGCGUCAAUUCUGAUGCAGAGGGAGAUGUUCCCGUUAAACAGAAACAAGUGAUUCAUGCAAAGAAAGUUAGAUCGCACAAUGUGAACUCUACAGCUGCCAGCUCCGAAGCUCUUAAAGAAUCGGCUAAUCGUAAAAUAAGUAAGAACAAUGCAGCUAAAACCGCACUGAGUGUCCCUGUUAAUGAUGAUGCGGAACACAAUCAGCGUAAACUGUCUGUUGUGGUCGCAAUGACUCCGGCGCAACGCAUAGAAAAACAUCGCGGUAUGGGGUCGAGCAACGCGCUAGAUAGCUUGGACAUCCGGGAGCAGAUUGGCCGUGGAGCCCAUGGUAUCGUCUACAAGGCAUUGAACAAAGAGACUGGCCAGCUCUUGGCAGUCAAAGUUCUACGAGCUGACAAGGAAGAACUAGCUGGUCUCAUGGGCGAAAUUGACUUGCUCAAAAUCCUCAAGCAUCCCAAUAUCGUCAAAUACCAUGGCUUUGUAAAGACCUCCGAGACAUUGAAUGUGCUACUAGAGUACUGUAGUGGUGGAUCUCUACGGCAAUUGUACAAACGGCUUGGACACGGGAUUCCAGAGGCUCAAAUAAAGUCAUAUGUCAAGCAGAUUCUAGAGGGCCUCAACUACUUGCAUGUGCAAGGUGUGGUUCAUAGAGACGUCAAAGCUGCGAAUGUGUUGUUAACUGAGUCCGGAGAAGUAAAACUAGCGGACUUUGGAGUUGCAACAACGGUAGCUGCACUGCACAACACAUGUGUUGGCACGCCCCAUUGGAUGGCUCCUGAGACGGUGAUGGGAGGUGACGGCUCGUGCACGGUCUCGGAUAUCUGGUCUUUGGGUGCAACGAUUAUUGAGCUCUUUACAAUGAAUCCGCCGUACCAUGAUUUGGUUCCGAUGGCUGCCAUUCAUGCGAUUGUCAACAAUGAACAUCCAAUACUUCCUCAUGCCUUAUCAGCUUAUGGCCAAGAUUUCUUGUUAGAAUGUUUCCAAAAGACGCCUGCUCUUAGAAAGAGUGCCGCUCUACUCUUACUGCACCACUGGCUCAGUGGUCAUAGGAAGGUUCUGAGCGAAAACUCAGAUCUUAACUCUCAAUCACAGAUCGAACUGCGUUCCACUAGACCUAGAUGGGCUGGCUUGAAGACUCUGCUAGACGAAGACGGGGGAAAGAUUGAACCUAAAUACACUCGUGCCGAACUUCUCCUGAAAUUCAGAGAAGGUACCGAUGAACAUUUGUCCUUUGGCUCCAUUGACUUUCCGGAUCCCGCCUCCAUUCAAAGUGAAAUUCCAAAUCGUCAGGCUCCCCUAGUACUAGCUGAUGAGACUCAAAAUUGGAAUGAGCUUCGUGAUGAUCUUGUUGAAGAUGAACAAGAAGACGAUCAUGACAGGUUCUCCAAAUUGGAUAUUGUCGAUUACAAUUCGCAGGAAGUUGAAAAAGAAGAGGAAAUGAUACAAUUGUUAGCUCUGCUUGUGGAACAAAUAUCAGAACUCUAUUCUCAAGGAGACACCUUAAUUAAGCCUCUUACAUUAACCACAUCUAGGAUCUACCACCUUGCAAAGAAAUAUCCCAUUUGCGUCAAUGCUUUACAGAAGGAUCACAGUAUGAUUAGCUUCAUGGAGCUUCUUGAUUUUGCCUCCGACUUUCCUCAGGAAGAACGACUUUGGUACAAUUGUCUAGGAUCACUCAACUGUCUAUUCUCUAGAUACUUGUCCCAAGUCGAGAGUUUCUCGACUCUUGGUGGCAUACCCAAGAUCAUACGAUUUUCUAAACAUACUUUCAGCGUUAAAUUGAGGCUCCAGGUUGCAAAGUUCACAAAAUUUGCUGGCAAAUCUGACCUGGUUCUAAAAACCUUCGUUGCCUCGGGUGGGUUACAAAUCUUGCUGAGAUUCUUCCAUGAAAGCUUCAGUAGCAAUCUGGAAUUUCACGUAGUUUCUAUUCGGACUGUUCACGAUAUCCUAUCUAGGGACUUGGGCUGCGCCAAGUCCGAUUUGUGUCGCACUCUUUUGAAGUUUGGAAUCAUGUCCUCAUGUGUUAGACUACUCGAAGCCUUGUUAAAACCUACUACAGCAAUCUUCAGCGAUAUAUCGUCUCAUCGCAAAAAUUUGACAAUUGCAAUGAACCUUGACAUUAUCAACUGCUUCGGUCUGGCAGGAGCAAAGGUCCAACGAUUAGUAUCAAAUCCUGAAUCAUUCAAAAUCCUCAUAAACGUCUAUGAGUGCCUUUCAUUUCCCCAGCAGAUCAUACUAUUGAAGUACUUCCGGUCAAUGAGCUCGGUGCCGGAGAUCGUCCGUCAAUUGACAUCUGCGCACAUCUUGAAGUUCUAUGUGUCUCUUUUGAGCAAACAUCGGGUGGGGUCUCCGAACUACAAAGAGGUUCUCAAUGUGAUUUGUCCGUCAAUCUAUCAAUGCUGUUAUCUCAAUCAUGAAAGGCAGACUAGGUUUGUCAAGCUAGGAGCGGUUCCAUACUUGCGAGAUCUUUGUCAGGUUGAUCUUCAAAUCCGCCAAUUUAUUCUUCCGGUCUUUUUUGAGUUUGCCUACUGCGAUGCAUCUGUGCGCCAUUAUCUAUUAAAGUACAAUGUUCCGUCGACCUACUUCUCACUUCUUGAAGAUCCGUACUGGAGCUACAACGCCAUGGAUUCCCUCUUGCACUGGGGAACACAAGACAAAUCUUUUAGGUGGUUGGAUACGAAACAAGCUCUUCAGACGGUGACUAAUGUCUUCUUGCUGAAUGAGAUUCUGAACCUCGAGGCGUUUCUAGAGAUCUAUUUCAAAGUCAUGAACCACCACGCCCAGUUGGUAAAAUACAUGACAAAACAAAAAAUCAUACGCAGCAUUUUGUCAAAAUUGGUCUCAUUGAGCAGAUCUGCCGCCGUCAGGGUGACCCUCCUCAAAAUACUCCACAAACUCAUGGAGUUCAACGAAGACGCCAAGCUUCUAGAACAGAAAAUAUUGCAAGAAAUUUCGGCAGCCAUGCAUCCUAUCGCCGACUCCAACGACUCUUCACUUUUGGCCUCUGAUUUGGCCAAGCGUAUCAUGAUCUUAUCCAGGACGUGCAGAUAA